AUGGCUCCGGCUGUCGACGCCUCGGGUCCUUUUCACCGAUCUCAUUCUUCGUCAGACCUUUUCUCACAAACACACCGAAACCUUAGUUGCAAAAGCCUUCCCAGCGUACCCUUUGAGAUCCCCUCCUUUGAUUCCGACCUAGACAUCGACGCUCGCCUUAGCCUCGACACAGAUGCGCUCACACUUUCCAUAAGCACGAAAUCGUUAGGAACCAAUGUUACUACCAAGGCCGUCACAGAAAGGGUAGAGAAGCGUUCGAGGCUUGGUCGGAGUAAUACCGUGUCCGAGCGAACAAGAUCAUGGUUGCCGAGCUCCAAAUCGGCCACCAAUAUCCGCGAUUUCUUGACGUCGAGAUCCUCAUCCCCAGCUCCGGAUGAGAGAGUCUUGAAAUCAAGCGACAAUGGCCAGCCCGCCGAAUCCCGAGGGCAAACCCGCUCAGUGAGGUCGACAUCUGAAUCAUUACCCGCCCAUUAUCGACGGUCUUGGAUGGGGGAUUCGCCGUCUGACUCGCCUCGCUCUUCACCGGAGCCUCUAGAAGUACCAACUCUCACACGGGACAAGGGCUCGCGCAAGGGCUACUCGAGGUUUUCCAAACCAACGAGCGGAGUCACUGAGGAGAAUCGUGCCGCUGAGCCUCCGCGAACUACUUCACGUGCGCUCAAUCGUAUAUUCUUCACGUCCAAGAUGAGACAGCGGCCUUCGCCUGUAUUGGGAAAGUUGGCCACAGGAAUGGAUUCGGAUGAUGGUUGCGCCUCUUCCUCAAGCAGCAUUGCACCCGCCACCCAUAGCACCAAUACGCCCACUUCCCAAUCUAAUUCCAUUUCCGACUUCAACUCGACAACAGAUGCGUCCUCGCUUGAGAACUCAAUCGCUUCAUUCCAACGCGACCCGCUCAUCUCUGUUUUCAAAAACCUCGACCAGGAAGCGGGGAAAUUCGAAAGCCACGCGGUACCCAUGUUUGAGCGCAUGUAUGCCAUGAAAUCUGCACUUCUCGUAUUUUUGCACCAGUACACGAGCCAGGGAAGCAUAACGUCACUUCAUGCCGGAGAUAUCGAGCGUAGGGCUAUUGUCUUGAACAGAUGGUGGGUCGCGCUCCUUGACUUGCUUGAGUGCCUUGGACCCCAUCCGACGCCCGGUGUCGACCGCAUCUCACUUCUGGAAGCCUUAACGUUGAUUAUGAUGCGGCCCGAGUGGCGGCAUUCAACAUCGGUCUUCCUGCCAUUGGCCGAUCGCUCGCCCAAUGAACGGCUGAGGGCAAGAUCCUGGACCCAAUCAUCCAAUUCCUCAGCCGAUUCUACGGAGGCAGCUUUGCUAACAGAGUCGGCUGAGCAUAAUGUCCGGUCCAUGUUUAUAUCCAACCUUGUACGCCAGAUGGAGGCGGUUGUGUGUAAGAUGUCACAACGCCCAGCCCCAGUUGGUCUGGUCAAUUUUUGUGGAAAGGCAUGUGCCUACGCCUUCUUUUUCGCCCCGGGCGUUGCCAACAUUCUUGUUCGACUUUGGACCUUGAAUCCGCUCCUCCUGCAACGUGUCGCCGAUGAAUUCUCGCUACCCCGGACGAGUAAUGGAGAGAGUGAGGACAUCGUGGCUCUGUUUCCCCCGGCUGUAAGCGGCCUUGGGUGGACGUCGGUGAAAGCUAUGGGCAACUCGCUUAAAACGACGCCGAAAAUGGCGGCCGCUUUGGCGAAGAUCCCGUGGCACUCGCCGUGGAUUGGACGUUGGAGGGGACGGGACACAGAUCUCUUCUUCAUAUUCUGCAAGUACUACCACAUUCUUGCUGAGGAGUUUAUGCCGUUGAGUCUUCCCUUGGUCGAAAAAGCCCGAGCGCCCGGUUUUGUCAUCGUUCACUCUCAAAUGCUCUCAGUCCUGGACACCACGAUUCACCGACAGGCUGCCCUCCAAGCCCUUGCCAUGGCACCUCCCAUUUCCGAUGGCCUCCACGGAUUGGAUGCGUCAGCAACUGCAAUGCCCGGCCUCCCUGCUGAUCUUUUUAAGAGCAUGUCCGAGAACAGGCUCGUUGUCCUUCUCAGGGACAUUUUAUCGGACAACUCAUCAGCAAUGUCAGCUCCAAGACACACCUUCGCGGAGGCUUUCAUGGCCGAUAUGAAGGCGGCGGCGAAGAUGACCGCGCAGUUCAACUACAACGCCUGCCACACUUUGUGCGAUUUCUUGGAAGAGACACUCCCGAUCUACGAGAAGGCCGAGAAUGCGGAGGAUCCAGCUUCUCAAUAUGCUGAUUGGCCAUUUUGGUUCCACGUUUGCAAGUUGAUUCUAGAGUCUCUGAACACCAUGUCAGAGAUGCGAGUACUAUGCCUUAUCUAUACCAUUUGGGAUGCGGCCACCCGACUGCCUCAGCGUAAGGAGGCACUCUGUCUUGACUGGUUACUCUCGGAAGGCACAUUUUACCAGUUGUUCAAUCAUUGGUGUCCUAUGGUGAGAUCUUACUUCAUGCGGCUGCUCUGCUGGAGAGUCUGUCGGGACGACGGUCGCGCGAGUACGCUUGACAGGAAAAUCUUCGAGGCCGUUUCCGAGAGGCUCAAGACUGUUUGGGCGAAUUAUCUCUAUCUGAAGCAAGAAGCGGAGCUUAGGAGCCGAUUUCCGCCGUCCACCGCGCCAUGCUACCCCACCCCUGGUAAGAAGUUUAUGAUUAUCCGUAGCGAAGCCAAUAUGAUUCUCCCGAAUUCGUUUAUGGGCUUCGACGCUACCGGAAAACUUCCGACCCCCGAUAUUCUGGCGGAUAACUCAAGCAUUGAUGCUUUGCAAUCAAAACCCGACGGGAAGAAACGGUGGUCACUCUUGGGAUUCAACAAAAUGCGUUCUUCCAAGACCGACUCAAAAUCUUCCGCAGAGGAUGAUGGAGAGCCGCUUCGUCAAUGGACCCCCGGUGUGCAGGCUGAGAAGGGAGAUUCAGUUCCCCCGCCUCCGCCUCCAAAGGCGAGCGGUAAUUCAUCCACUGGCAGCCGCACUCCCGACCCGCAGUCUCGCAGCGCUUCCCCGGAUCUGCCGACCCAGGCCCAAUACGUCUUCAGAUUCGUUCUGAACUGGUAUCCUCCAGCUGCCGUCCCACCUGUCGACAGGGUCCUUACCCGACCUCGCUUGCCAUCUCCAGCUCAGUCAUGGGUCAGCACUCAUCGCCGGACCAAUAGCCAGCCACCCCCAAUUGCCCCAGGCCUCCCGGCCUUUACUCGUCGUGUAUCCGGGGCGCCCCAGACUGGCCUCAUCAGCGAAGCAAGGAACGCAGUACCCUUAGACACACAUGCGCCAGCGAGGAGCCGACCAUCCUUAUCUUCAUCCGUCAGAACCACGGGCAGCAGAUCCACGCCGUCAUUGUCGGAGGACUCUUCUUCUGAGAGGCCAAGCCUCAACUUAAGCAUACCUGACUGGACGUCUAGCGGCACACCGGAGAAUGUAUCGGUUCACGGCGAAUACAACACAGAGCCCAUCAGGCCCACCGCUGCACACACGAAAAAUGCGGUUUAUUCUGGGAGAGCGCUUGCCGAAUGGAGCAUUGUCGUGUUCGAGUGUAACAAUUUUGUUGAGCGCAGACGCGAAGAAGGUGUUCUAGGACUUCGAGAUGUCGAAGUCCCGACCCUCACCCUCGAGGGUUAUCGCCGAAUUGGCUGA